AAUACGACGUCGAAGCCGAAAUCUAAUUUCGUGGGAAGCCUGGAGGUUGCUCGCCAAUUACGGUGUGAAACCACGGCCAGAGGUAGGAGACGGUGCGAUCGCAACUUUGGAAUUGCGAGCUCCGAAUAGCAGCUGUGCUUCUCGGCGUCGUACCUCUUAGAGAAGGGGAUCCAACCUCUUCCACGGAGUACCGCAGUACUUGGAGCAACUUUAUAUCUUGGCGACUACCCUUUCGCAGAUUCUCUCUCUCUCUCUCUCUCUCUCUCUCCCGCCCCCUCACUUGCUCAGCUAAGAAGAGCGCAUUACCUAUCGACUAUCAUCGACUGCCUAUGAAAGGCAAUUCGGACGUGAUACUCGAGUUCUUCAAAUAUACAUAGGUUGGAACUAAGGGAAUUAACUCUCAAGUCAGAGUAAAUCGGUUUCCGGGACGUGUGAGACUACUCGAAGCGACUACCGAACGCGAAUCGAGUAAGCUGUGCAAAGUUGUUGGUUCCAUAUUGAAUCCGAAUACAUACCUAACUACUAGCUAAGGUAGCUAUCGCGACUGCUAAUUGAGACGGCGAAUUAUAGGGCACGCGCGAUAUCGAACUAAUUUCCUUUGAUCGUUCUGCAAACGCCAUUAAUUGCAAAUACCGCUUCUCGACGAAACUCGAAACAGCUGCUUUGCCACGAAACACCCUGUUAUACGUUGCAAUGUCGUAAAAACUGGGCCAAAUAGCGAGGAAUCGAAAGAAUUAAGAUACGUCGUAUCGUGAAAAGAUUAAUUUCACCUCGACCGAACGUAAAACGCGCGACGCGAUGCGACGCUUUAAUCGAAGGAUAAUAAGGUUAAUAAAUAAAAUUCCUCGGUCACGAGGAACAGACGGGCUCCAUUGUCCUUUCCGACUCAUCGAUUUGUAACACGAUAUGUUCUUCUCGUUGCAACGAGCUCGCUAUCAUAAAAUCAGAUCUACCGUUUUCAUAUUAUAUUUCGAAAAUGAACGACUAUAACGAUAACGAUUAAACGUAUAGUUAUACAUUUUUAACUCUAUGUAGAUAAAUUGACCCUAUGGAUUCGAAAUACUCGAGGACGUUAAUAUCAGAAUGUCAUUAACUAUGGCGGCAGGUAUAUGUCUCUUGAGGCGUUUUAGCACGAGCGAGAUCACGAUAAAGUUGGAGACAAAUUAUCUAUGUAUAGCCUUGAAGCUGUAAAGGUUGAGAAAAACACACACACACAAGAAAGAAAAACGAGAAAGAGAGUGAGAGAGAGAGAGAGAGAGAGAGAGAGAGAGAGAGAAUAUCAUAAAAUGAUAAUAGAGAAAACUCACCCGCGUCUUACAAAGUUGGCCAAGUAGUGUACGAGUAGUCUGGACAGGUUCUCGUCGGCGAGAGUAUAGUUGGCCAAGGAAUACAAGCUGAAAUCUCCUCGAAGGAGUGGUAUACCCAUGAGAUAGGGAAGUUCCUCGCCUUUUUGACUAGGUCGAUCGCCCGGUUGAAAGUGUAAAAAGUAUCCGCGUCCACCGGAAGUAGAAUGAAGAAGGGCCAAUCUGAGGAGAGGCGCUGCAACUUGACCAUCUCCGAGAAGCGACAAAAGACCCUCGCAAAUAGCCGAGGCGUUUUGCUCUCCUCUCUCCCAAUCUGUGUACUCGUUGCGUAGGGUCGAGUAUAUCUCGUGCAGGUGAUAACGAUAAGUAUUUCGCACGUAGGUGCGAAGGAUGCGAUCCCUCCUGGUCUCGUUUAGCCCGUUCUACGGCACGAAAAAUGUUUCCUUUCUAUUUUCGUGUCUUUUACUCGUCUCUAUCCGAUUGGCUUCGAAAAGUUUAAUAACUUGGACGAGAAUGAGAAAGGAAAUCACUCUCUUUCUCUCUCUCUCUCUCUCUCUCUCUCUCUCUCUCGCUCUCUCUCUCGCUCUCUCUCGCUCUCUUUCGUUAUAUAUCGAAGCUUCUAUUCUCUUGUAAAAGUGCCCUUUGUUUUACGAUCCCCAAGUGCGCUAGAAAUCUCGAUAAAAGUCGAAAGGCAAAUCGCCAUUCGGCAUUGUUACCGAAUUCGAAAGCUUUUCCUCUCUUUCUCUCGCUCCAUCUCGCCUAAACGAAAAACCCCGUUGACGUACGUUCGAACCACGGAAAAUACUCUUUACCCUCCCUAACGUUGCCUAACGUCAUGUCGGAUCUCUUCAAUUCGAACAAUUUAUUAUUACUGUUUUUCAACGCUCCGCUAAUCAAGCCCUUCCGAUUAAAAGUUAUUUUCCCUCUAUGCAGAUGGAAAGUCCCAAAGUGUCAUAUGCGCGUACAUGAGGUUUCAUUUUCCGUCGAAUUCGCGUACGAUUAAGCGCAGUUUGAUGAGAACUCGAGCGGAACGCGGCCUCGCGAAUGUGACGCGUAGCAAGAAUCGAUUUCUGUCGGCGACUCCAAUCGAAAUUUAUUUGUUCUAUAAUUAGUCGUAACCAAUUACAAUUAAAUCCAUAAACGUGAGCGCACGUAUAGGUAACGAAGUUCGCGUAUCCUUUCAAAUCUACGAACUCGAUCGGAUUACAGACUCGAUUUCCAUUCGCGUCCUGCUAACGUAAACGCGAUGUAUUUCGCACAAUUAAUUGAGUAUUCGAUGGAAACGAUAUAUAUAUAUGUACUUACACACACACACACACACACACACACACAUCUAGAAUCGUAAUUGCAACGUAAAGGAAUCGAGAGAAGGAAGAAAGAAAGAAGGAUUCUUUACCUGUAGAUCCUCGUCGGUAAGAUUAACCCAAGCUUCGUCGGACGUUAAACCGAGUAAGAGAUCCCGAUUACCGAAAUUGGCAAAUUCCGCGCCGGGUCCUGGCACAAGGGGCAUCAAUCCCGCGGAAGAGGCAGUGGGCUGAAAGUUCUAGGAAAAAUUUCAAAAUUUGUUAGCAUCUAAAAUUUUGCUCGAUCACGACGCAAACGUGAAAGUUAUCGAAAAGUAUGCGAACCUGGUUUAUCGGUUGCGGCAGGACGGCUCCGUCGACGAAAGGCGCGAAACCGGAAGUAAAUCUUGGCGGAUCGAACUUGACGUUGAGAAGAUCAUUGAGGCUUCGCAAACGAAGGCACGGUGCGAUGUCGUCGACUUCGUCGUCGGCGGGACAGCCGGUUUGUUCGGCGACUAGAUGUUUCACCGUAAGCGGAUCGCGUUGAAUCGCCCACGGUGAAAGGGCCGAACCACCGAGCAGUAUCACUCUCUCGACCAACUCUAACAAUUUGUUUAGUUUUUCGUUUUAAAAGUCACGAAAAUGACUUUCGAAGGAAUAUUUCAUUGAAUGACGUUGAAUAUAAAAUAACAAACUCUCUUUCGUCUUUCCAGAAGGAACGACGAAGGAAUGUACCUACAUCUCGUACAACGAACGGGGAAGAAGAAGAAGAAAAAGAAGAAAUGAGGAGGGAAUAUAUUUAGAAAAGCUAGCACGCCUUGACAUCGCUCGUUCGUCGUGGCACCCUUGCGGAGGCUUUUAAAGGGUGACUCGACAUUGCGAAACGAAGGAAGAGGAUAUUAGAGAAGGCACAGGGGUUGGUUCGUUAGUGGAAUUGGGCUGCAAUCUAGGAACGGUACGGACACAGUAGGGAACGGACACGAUUCUCUUUUUCCCCGCCUAUUCGUCCCUCUUUCGCUCUACACUCUCACUUCCUCUCCCUCCCCCUCCACUCUCGUCUUUUCGGCUUUCAGAGUCGCAGAGUCACGGAAGACUACACUCUAGGUAGCUUGUUAAGGUCUCUAGUAUCCGACGACGACGAAGAAGAAGAAGAAGAAGAAGAAGAAGAAGAAGAAGAAGACGAUGACGACACCAUCGUCCUCGACAGCCACUCGCUUCUCGUGGUGUAGUCGUACCGACGUCUCUAUCCCUUAUCUAUACACGAGAGUUUGAUGGAUUAAAAAAGGGGAUGACGCAAGACAAGAGAAGGGGACAAAGCGAAAAUUUGCUUAUGCACCGUGCCUGAAAAUACGAAACGCGAGGAUGAAGAGCUUUGUACGCGGAUUACCGUCGUCGUCCGUCUUGCUACGUCUCCUCCUUAUACUCCUCUUGAUCGUGGCGCACCAAGGGCGAGCCGAGAUGGAAGAGAGCAACGGCGAUCCUAUCGCUUCGUUGCACAAGACCUUGAAAUACUGGCGCUGGAUCUACGAGACUUAUCGCGAGGAAAUAAAGUUGGGUUAUUGCUGGGCCGAUUAUUUUCUCGGAUCGAACGACAUUGAGACCGAUUUCAUCUCGCGUAUCAUCGAGAACGAGUUAACGAACUUGAAAGAAAUGUCGAUUCGAAGAAAAUGCAAGAACGAUUCGAGGUACUGCGAAGAGGAUUUUUCUUAUGGAAAUCCUUCCCGGUACGGCGUUGACGCUAAAUCAUCGUUUCGUCAGAAUUACAUAGAAGAAGGGAACUCGAAAAAGGAUUUCGAGGAAAUUCCUCGAGCGAAUAUAGAAGAGAGAUAUCCUCUUUCCCAGCGAGCGACUAUCGAUCAGGAAGGUAAUUUGGAAAAUGGUUUAAACCAUUGGUCGACUCUCCCGAAUUAUACUUCUCAAUUUACUUCGAGAUCGAGCGAUAAACGUUCACGUCGUUGGAGCGACCACGAAGCUGUUCCUGCUGCUGCUGCUGCUGCUGCUGCUGCUGCUGCUGCUGCUGCUGCUGCUGCAUCCGUCAAAGUCGCUUAUCAAGGAUAUUCCGUAAAGCCGAAAGUUUUCUCCUUGUUAAAUAAAAAGUUAACUAUGGAUCGUGAAUCUUCCUCGAGUGAAACAUCGUCCUCGACGGAUACGGACGUAGCAGGGCAUUUGGGAUUUUUGUCUUCUCGAAAAGUUUCCGUUCUAGAUAAAGGAAUGGCUCGUCGAUCCUCGUAUUUCGAUAAAAGCGAUCGCGAAGAAACAACGGCGACGGAGACGGCUUUGUCGUUAUCCGUAGAGAAAUAUGAACGCAACCUGGACACUUUGAACGUUACCGUCGACCAAAAUCGAGAUCGGCGAUCUUUGAGAAAGAAUUUGAAAGCUCGAAGCGGUCGAUCGUUUACGAGUAUCCUAUCGACGACGGCCGAGCAUCCAAUUUUUAUCGAAAUUUUAAGGACUUUAACAGUAUUAGCUCGCAUGGGUCAACUGAUAAUAGAUAUCGUAGACUCAAGCGAGGUUCUCAGAUGUACCAGAGACUAUAUCUUGAAGAAGACGAUCGAGUGGAUAGACGCAUAGAGAGGGUGGGUAAUACAUUAUCGAGGGAUCGUAUUUUUAAAACGAUCAACUAUCUUUAUAAUUAUAUUUCACGCGUGUAUUUUUAUAAAAAGUUACAAAAUAAUAUUAAGAAGUAGUAAUGAUAUCGUAGCCGAGAUCGAACGUUCGAAUAUUAAUUUUAAUAAAAGUGUUGUGUACCCGAUGAAAAUUCGACUUUCUAAUACAUUUUUAAUCCAAUACGAACAAAUUAUAUCGAGUUUAGGUAGCAGUACGUCUCCUCACUAAUUUAACUAGGAUCUACGAUGUAUUCGUGUGGCUGUGAUCCGAUUUACACAACGAAUAAUCCAUAUCCUCGUAUCCCCCGUUGUUGUUAGGGGGAGAACGCAUCACGGGGACAAUUUACCAUUGUAUCUCUCCGUAGAAUACGGAGAGGGUUGGCGAUCGUUUAGACCGAUAUACUCGAAUUCACUCGAGGAAGGGACGCUACCUCGAUGGGAUUGGUUCGCCUUCGAGAUGCACAAUUAAGAGGCUCAAAGAGAACGGAUCGAACCUUCGAGAGAACGAGAGCUAGAGGGUGAGAUGAGGAAUGUAAGGAGGGAUAAACAGGGAAAGAGGCGUCGAUGGGUCUACGCUAGUAGUCGAUAUAGUCGGAACGCAAGGAAUGAAUUUUUGAAACCACCUGUUGCUAUAACCGCUGCCUUUCCGCUUAGACUUCCUCUUCCUCUUCCUCUUCCCGUUCCUCUUCCCGUUCCUCUUCCUCUUCCUCUUCCUCUUCCUCAUCCUCGGUAGCAUUCCCCGUCAUCGUCGUUGACCCCGCGAAACUCGGACUCGGAUCGAUAUAUCGAAUAUUGAAACAAAGCAGCUAGCGAAUUCGAAAUCGAAUCAAACUUCUUCUAGAGAGUUUUCGAGGAGUGCGAAAUAUCUCUUCGUUCUUGGUCGAGAAGAAGACGAGCACUGAAGAAGACCGUUCCAGCACCAGCUAGAAAAUGGUUAAGUGAAACGAGCUCGUAGUCUUUGGGGUUUGCGCAAACAUCGGUAGUUACAAUAGAGCAGCUUUCAUACGUGAAAGGGUCCGAGAAGGGUCUAAGAAAAUGAAAAACGAGUGCUCGAUUAUAGAGAGAAGAAUAUGGCUGGAUCUCAAAGAGUCCUGCCGAUGCUUCUCUUCCGUUGCUUUUCUACGGCGCAGGGUUCGCAGAGAGAGGAGAGACAGAGAGGGGAAGAGAGAAGAUUCGCACGGAAAAGAAAGAGAGGGAAAUAAAAGUGGUCAAUUAUGUAUGUGGUUGGUAUUCGCGCGAAAGCUUUUCCCCAUCGCGGUUUGUUGACAUUAUGGUUGGAACCGCUCUCGCACACGUUUCUCUCGACGAAGAAGAAGUAGAAGAAGAAAGUAGGAGCAAAGAGGGAGGAGGGAUCACUCGGAUACGGCGCGCUCUUUUCUAAAAACAUCGCAGCCCGGCUCCAUUCAAAGAGAUAUUCAUUAUUAAGAAUCUCUUAAGCAGAGAGAAAAGAAAGUCGAGACGACCGCGGCGGCGUUCGAAAUAAGAACCCAGAUAGGGGAAGAAUAGCAUGAAAGCUCUUCUUCGUACGUUCUUUCGCAUCUUUCGCGAGAAAGGCAGUCUGCUUCCCUAUCUAUUUCCUAUUUUCCUGUCCUUUCAAUCUUGGUAUACCUACCUAUGGCUACCGCGCGUCUAUUCAUACGACCUAUCGAAGAAGCGACACACAUCGCGCACGUAUCUUUGAAAUAUAAACAUCCGCGUCCAAACUCUUCGAUAUUUCAUUCUUAAUUAGAAGUAACAAGGGAGGUAUGGCGCCAGUCAAGAGAAAGAUCCAGUCGGUUUUUUAAUAGCUACUCUCUCCUAUCUUGAAUCAUUUAAAAGAUAUUCCACUACUUAUAUGCAUUUCUCUUGAUAUAUUUAGGUAGAUUCCUUUUCAACGCUUCUAGGUACCUUCUCUCGUUUCCUCGCAGAACAGGUAUAACAGAUCGCGACGAUUGGAUUAAUCAACGAAAUCUAUUAGAGAAGACGUCAGCUACUUUUCUCGCGACUCUCUUCCCAUCCCAUUUGAUUUUCAAGGACGACGUCUCUUUCUCGGCGCAGUCUCUCGUAUCCGAAGGACUUUGAUAUCGUCUCGGACAAAUCUUCUUACGAGUUUUCCUCUAUCUCGGGGCACGUAUAAUGCCUUCUUCUUCCUCUUCUUCUAUCUCUCCGCGUUAACAUUAAUGAAAUUCUAUCGCGCGUUAAGACGGGACUCGCUCGCUCAUUGUCAGUCUCGUCUUCUCGGCUUUCCAUUGAUUGCUUGCGUCGGCGUUGUCCUAAUAAGAUUCUUGAAAUUUUCUUUUCUUCUACCUUUUUUCUUUUUUCUUCUUUCGACGUGGAAAACCGCUAAACCGAGAAAGGUGAACGUGCGUUUUCUCCAUUCUCGAGCAUCGCUUUUCUUUAAUGGAAAAAGGGUCGAAAGUAUAUCUUCCUUUAACGAGAGAAAGGAAAAGUUUUUCGAACGAGCUUUCCACGCGCGCGCACGGUCCUUUAACGUAAAUGAAAAAUCUCAGAGCUUUUGUGCGGCUCGUUAGCGAUCCUUCGCGGAUUCGAUUGGUCGGCGCUCGGACGCGAUAAACGUUUAAUCGAAUCCUUUUUGACUUAAGAAAAAGAGAGAGAAGAAAUCCUUUGUUCUCGUCGUCGUCGUCGUCGUCGUCGUCGUCGUCGUCGUCGUCGUCGUCGUCGUCAUCGUCGUCCAGCAUCGCUCAACGCAGCACGAGAAAAAGGAGGAGUUUGGCCUACGCUCGAUAUCCAUUAAUUAAUGAAAGGGAACCGCGGAAUUUAAUUCCGUUUCGUCCCAUGAAGAGGCUAAAGCAGAAGAUCGAAGAAAAAAAAGUCCAAGGAGCGAGACUAAAUGGACGAGAAAGAAGAUUAGGAAGAAGGAAAUAACGAGACUGGAAAAGUGAAUUCCGUGAGAAACGAUAUAAUCCGGUUGCCUACGAGGAACGCGCGAUUAGAAGAAAAGAACACUGUAACAUGCGAAACGAGGAAGACGAGGAAGCUUAAGAUCGUUCAUCGCCCCUUCCACCGAUUUGUAUAAUAGUUUACGCCAACAACGAGUACACGCGUAAUUCUUGACCGAUUUUCAGGAACAAGAUAACUUUUUAAAGGAUGUAUAGCCAUUUUCUUUGAUAAAAAUAAUAAAAUUAAAUCGUGCCUGUGAAACAUUAUAUUUUUUUUUUUUUUAAAUAAUUUAUGCAUCGAAAUAAAGCUUUUUACAGCCAUUUAUUGAUUUUCGUAUAAAACGCUUGACGCGUAACGACACGAAACAUGUGUUUUGCUUCCGUUCCAAGACGAUUCUCAAAUUUUCUGAUCCAUUAAUUUUAUUUAGUAUUACUUACGGUCCGUCGAAGUCUAUAUCUGGAUUAUAUCAACGCAACUACUACCGAGCUAAACUUCUGGUGGCAUAUUUCAAUGCGUUAACAAAAUCUUUUCUUGCUACUUUUAACUGGACAUUUAAAAUGCUUACGUACCUGAUCAUACUCUUCGUUGAUCGAUUCGAUGGAAUCAUAAAAUUGUAAAUAAUCUACGCGAACUUAUAAAAUGAUAGGGAUAGUCUUAUAAUAGUGCGCUCGUAGUACGUCUUUUGCCCAUAUCUAUCUAUCUCUUAAAGUCACAUUUAGCUACGGACAAAAGACGACGAAUAUCCUUAAGACUAGAUGAGAAUCAUGCUGAUAUGGUUAAUGUCACGGAUGCGACAGACAGGAAUGCGAUUUUCCUCGGGUCGAGAAAGAGUCCUAGAAACAGCCAUCUUCCUUAGCGCAGAAACUAAGGCGCUCGAUAAUUCGAUAUAAAGGACGCGAGAAUGCCUGCGCGAGCCCUCUUUACGACUAACUCCACGACGAUUAGAUCCGAUAUUAGAUUUUCAGCUUCGACGAUUCGACGAAGGCCAGAGAGAGAGAGAGAGAGAGAGAGAGAGAGAGAGAGAGAAAGAGAGUGGGGGAGGGGGGAAGGAGGAGAAUGUUGGAAGGGCACGCAAAAUAUGUCUUAGUUCUCUUCAGCCUUUCCUUUAUCUUUUUCUAUCAGUCCUAUAAUAAAAGAGGAAUUUACUAUAUACGAGUAUGUAUGUACGUACCUUUAGGCUCUUCCUUGUCAAAAGGACAAUGACUACCGAAGAAACGGUUUUUUCAUCGACGUCCUUCUAAAAGAAUAAAAAAGGAGAAAGAAGAAAAAAGAAAAGAACAGAAAUGAAGAAAAAAGAGCGAUAAAAAUAGAUGAACAGCCGAGGUCAUUGUAUCCGCCGAGGAAGAAAAUUUUCAGCUCGGAUUUCUCCGCAUCGGCCGGUCACGAGUAAGAGCCGAGAUUAACGCGAAACGCGUUCCAUUUUAUGGACGCUUGACCAUAAAAACGACUUUUUACAGUGGCCCUUAAUGAAUUCGAUUAAGUAGUCGAGGCUGACCAAAUAAAAAGGAAAAGAAGAGCAACGUCUGUCACUAGCCAAUGUGGUUUAACGUGUGAAAUAAGCCGGUCAACGAUCGAUGAACACUUUCCUACUCUUUCUAUCGAAAUUCAAUAUUUUUUGAAUGGAUGGACCCACUCGAAAACUAUCGAUCGUUGACCAUUUGCCGUCCGAUAUCGUAGCAAUUACGAAAACUUUUGAUUUUUCGAAAUUGCUUUCGGAUAUUUUCGAUCCUCGUUUUCGAUGCUCGCACGACGAUCAAUGUUAGUUAUAGAAAAUUGAAAACGAUUCUAUUUCCAGGCCACCUGUUGUAGAGAAGCCUGUAAACUCGUCCACAAACAAUGACGACGUCGACGGAGGAGGAGGAGGAGGAGGAGGAGGGGGGGGGGGAGAAGGACAAUUCCAAAGCUUCAAUCGGUCGUUCGUGUCAAACAAAUCGUUUGGCUCUCCGUUGAAUUAAACGUUUUAUUAGUUAAGCGAAUCUCCCUCCCUCUUUCCCCCUCUCCUUAUUUCCGAUAAUCCGUAAAAUUAGAUUAGACAAACGUCAAAAUGGUACACCGUCUUUGUAAAGAUUUUUCUUUCAGUAAGCCUUUUUAAAACGCGUUUGAACGUUAACCUUUUUAACUUGAAAGGGGACGAUUUGCAAUUCCGAUGGGGCGAGUCCACGGAUAGAUCGUGUAUGUUAGCUCUUUGAAAAAUCACGAGUAAAUAUUUAUCAAAUAUAGGACCUUAUUGAUCAGAUUAGCGAGCAUAAAAAAAAAAUAUGUAAAAUGGUAAAUAACUUGGAUAAAACUUUUAUUCGAUACGUGGAACGUGUCUUUUCAUUGUUGACUGUAUCGAUAAAAGUCAUCGGAUUAAAAUAUAAAUCGAUCAUUCGUGUUUAAUCGCAACGACUCCUUUCUCCGACAGCCAGGAAUUCUCGAUGACGGACAAAUCACGGAGAUAACACUUGCCUGUGGCAACGAUUUCCGUGAACAAUAUCAGAGAUGGUUUCGUACCGUGUAACGUCGAGGAUGGAUGUAUAGCCACCGGCUGUUUCGAGCUUACCUAUGCGGAUGAAUUAGAACAUUCGAUUAGUCCUAUCGAUAUCCUUUCGAUCGUUGACGAUCUAUACGUCGUUUUAUAUCCUCAGGAUCAAACGAUUCCUUAUUUAUCUAUCAAUGUAUGGAAAGGAUGGAAGAAAAGUUUCAACGAUAUCUACCGUGACGUAGGUGUUAUUAUCCCUUUGUAAUUCCGCUAAGUUCUCGUAUAGCCCUUCGAGAAGAGCCUUCCUAAGCUGUUCCGUAUUUGUUCCGCAGCUGGCCUUAUCCAAAUUCGCACGUUCCGCCAAAGUAGCGAGCUGCUUUCGUACCUCCGUGGCAUAUUCCAAAUUCCGAUGGUGUAGAAAAUUCUCGUGGCACCAAACCUUUUUCUGACUGCCGGUGCUCGUAUAACCACGAAAAACAUUUAAUAAGGUUACGUGGUCCCCCUCGGGAGAGGCGAAUCUGUAAUGUUACGAUCGUUGACUCGAACGUGGCUAUUUAUUUAUAAGGAAAAAGUUUAAUCGAAAAUUACCGUGACUUGGCGGCAUAAGCCUGCUGUCUCUUGGCCGGUGGAUCGGUAAAUAUCGAUUCUCCGGACAGGAGGGCAACCACCGUCAGAGCUUCCUCGAGACAUCGAUGUUCUACGGAGGCUAGAAUCACUUUGGUAAAUCGAGGAUCCAAAGGGAACAAAGACAUCGUUCUUCCUAAAGUAGUCAAUUGCGGCGGAGAACCUGUGAAAGGAGGAUAGUUGGUCGAAGAAGAGAACGUGUUGGAUAGGAGAGGAUGGAAGGGCCCUAUCGAUUUUAUAACUCGAAUCGAUACCUUUCACGGCAGCGAGCUUUUCCAAACAUGUCACCGCUACGUCGACCGCCUCCUUCGGUGGUCUCUCCAUAAAAUCGAAGCUAGUAAUAUCGACGCCAAUGGCGAGAAGCUGAAGAGCGACUCCAGCUAGGGAACACCUUUGUAUCUCCGGCACUGGCAUCUCCUUCAUCCUCUCGAAUUCGUCCUUUGUGUAAGUCCUGUAACAUUUUCCCGGUGCCUCGCGAGCGGCUCUUCCUGUCCUUUGCCAAGCUUGCGCCUUUGAGAUCUGUUCCACCUUCAGGACGUCCAGUCCUGUCGUUGGAUGAUGCGUUCUUGCUUUGACCACGCCGGUAUCGAUCACGUGUCGAAUACCUAGGUAGGUAGGUCGACGAAGCCGUUUAUGCCACACUCAUCGUCUAUCUAUCCGUUCAUCUACCUUAUCCAUCUACCUAUCCACCUACCCAUCCACCCACCUAUCCACCUACCCAUCCACCUACCCAUCCACCCACCUAUCCACCCACCUAUCCAUCUAUCUGUCCAUCUAUAUCCGACAAGAUCUAAUGCUAUCUAAUAAUAUCGGAGGACUCACCACCUAUCGUAACGGACGUCUCGGCAACGUUCGUCGAGAAAAUAAGCUUUCGCAUUCCCGUGGGGGCCGGCUUGAAGGCUUCCAACUGCUGAUGAGUCGGUAGAGCCGAGUAGAGUGGAAAUACCUUCAACGGUGGAUAUCCCUUGCCGUCCAACUGUUUGGCAACCUGUUUCGCAUUAACUACGGCAGUUUCUAUCUCUUCCUGUCCGGUCAAGAACACGAGAAUGUCUUCGCUGGAAAUGACAACAGCCCCAUUUUUGUAAUCCUUCGCCCUAACCGCCAGUUAUAUAUAACUGUGUGUGUGUGUGUGUGUGUGUGUGUAUAUGUAUAUAUAUAUAUAUAUCACAGACACGCGCGCACACACACACACACACACACGUAUAUGUGUAACCGCAACGUGUACAACUCGUUAUCGAAAGAAAUGGCGAAACUCUUACUUGGCCGGUGUCUCCCGGUGGAUUUGAAAAGCCGUGACCAUGCUAGAAAAAACAUAAUCCUCUUGACUCUUCACAGCAUGAUAGAUCUUCACUGGAUGCUGUCGACCCUCGAGAUAUAGGACAGGCGCGUGGAAAUACUUGGCGAACUUAUCGGCGUCUAUCGUCGCCGACAUGACCAGCAAUUUCAGUGGCGGCAAAUUCUUCAGUUUCCUCAAAUUCUGCGCUCGUUUGGUAACGCCAAGAAGGACGUCCGUCUGAACGGAUCUCUCGUGAGCCUCGUCCAAUAUCACCACCGAGUAAUCCGAGAGUAUCUCGUCGGUCAUUGCUUCCCGUACCAUCAUACCGUCGGUCAGGUACUUGAUCCUGGUUUGAGGUGACGUCACAUCCUCGAAUCGUACGCAGUAACCCACCAGCUUACCAGUUUCUACCCCCUGCUCCUGUGCUACUCUACGAGCUAUGCUCACUGCGGCGACCCUUCGUGGUUGCGUUACACCCACGCGACCGCUAACACCAGCUAUUCCGGAGGAGAGCAACAGUUGUGGAAUUUGCGUCGUUUUGCCGCUACCGGUCUCUCCGAUAAUGAUCAACGUACUGUAUCUUCGUAUCUCCUCCAAAAGUCUAUAAAUAUCACAUUUCUAUAAAUUUUAUUUAUCCUAUUGUCGAACGAUCGACGAUGACGACGACGACGACGACGACGACGACGACGACGAGGACGAUUUUGAAAACCACCUGUUACCAACAUCUUUGAAUAGACGCGCCCUCGGAAUAACGCUAUCUAUCGGUAAGCAUAUGAAUUUACAAUGGCCAUCGUCAAUCGAUUCACCGCACGGAGGCGCUGUUCAAUUUUCUUUGAAGAAAAGAUACAAUGAAAUUCCCUCUCUAUCUGAGAGGGGGAGAGAAAAUAGAAAGGUUAAGAAAAAAUUAUAUGUCUCGUGUUUGAAUCUCACCGUUUACGAAGCCGAUAAACUGGCAGAGAUUUUCUUUGUUGAUGCACACUGGUGCUUCCUGGUUCUGUAGUAUUCUCGACAUUCGAAAAACUUGAACCACUACUCUCCUCGUGUUUCUGUACUUUGGCGGGACUCUCCCCAAAAACGACAGUGUUCGGUCGUUUCGGUGCUAAUUUGGAAAAACUCGACGUACCCAUAACAUUGUACUUGGAGUCCGCGUUGUCGUGAACACCCAUUUCGAGAGCUAACUAAAACGAUAUCAUAAAACAAUCGAAAAAUGAGUCAGGCUCAGCUUACGUACCUUUUACCGGUAUAAUACACUCGUGCCACUCUACACUGACUCGAGCCGAGUACGAUCGGCACCUCUUCUUCUUCUAUUGCAUGAAAAGAGGGGAGAGAGGAUAAAAUCAUAUACUUGUUUUUUUUCUCUCGUUAGCCUGGUGUUGGGCAAGAAAACUAACGAGACAUUUAUUUCUUAUUUUUCUUUUCUCUUCUUAUUUUGUUUUCUUCGUCGUACAUUUAUUUCUCGCACAUCACA